AUGGAUCCUCUUUUCAACAUCACCGACAGCCCCACUAUCCCCACCAACUCCACCAACGGGACCGAGUACUGGAACCAGUUCGUGCAGCCCGCGUGGAGGAUCGCGCUGUGGGCCAUCGCGUACAGCUCCAUCGUGAUCGUGUCCGUGGUGGGCAACGUUACGGUGAUCUGGAUUAUUAUGGCUCACAAACGCAUGAGGACUGUGACCAAUUAUUUCCUCCUCAACCUGGCGUUCGCGGAAGCCUCCAUGUCCGCUUUUAACACCGUCAUCAACUUCACCUACGCCGUGCACAACGAGUGGUACUUCGGCCUGAUUUACUGCCGCUUCCACAACUUCUUCCCCGUGGCCGCGGUGUUCGCGAGCAUCUACUCCAUGACGGCCAUCGCGCUGGACAGGUACAUGGCCAUCAUCCACCCCCUGCAGCAGCGCAUGUCCUCCACGGAGACCAAGGUAGUGGUGGGGGUGAUCUGGGUCCUCGCUCUGCUGCUGGCCCUCCCUCAGUAUUACUACUCCAACACGGACCAGCUGCCCGACCGCGUGGUCUGCUACAUCGACUGGCCCGAGUACAGCCUGCUCGACUUCAAAAAGAUGUACUAUGUGUGUGUGGCCAUCCUGAUCUACUUCCUGCCUCUGCUGGUGAUGGGAUGUGCUUAUCUGGUGGUGGGACUCACUCUCUGGGCCAGUGAGAUCCCCGGAAACUCUUCUGACCGCUACAAGGAGCAGCUGACCGCCAAACGCAAGGUGGUGAAGAUGAUGAUUACGGUGGUUUGUACGUUUGCCUUCUGCUGGCUGCCGUACCACGUCUACUUCCUGCUGCACCAGUUCUUUCCGGACAUGUUUGAGGAAAGGUUUAUCCAGCAGGUGUACCUGGGCAUCAUGUGGCUGGCCAUGAGCUCCACCAUGUACAACCCCAUCAUCUACUGCUGCCUCAACGACAGGUUUCGCGCUGGUUUCAAACAGGCUUUCCGCUUCUGCCCCUGCGUCCCUCGAGGAUCUUACGAAGGUCUGGAGAUGAAGUCCACUCGCUAUCUUCAGACCCAAACCAGUGUUUAUAAAGCCAGCCGGAUGGAGACCACCGUGUCCACCGUCCUGCAGGUGGCGGACGACAUGGAGCAGCAAAAGGUGAAGAUGAUACCAUGUCCACGGCCCAUUGAACCAGCAGUCGGUGCCAGCUCCUCUCUGGAUCUCACCUCCAACGGCUCGUCCUCUCGGAGCGUCUCGAAAACGGUCUCAGAGACGUCCAGUUUCUACUCCAGCAACAACCUGCAGGAAUAACAACCUGAAACACGGCAGGAAGAGAGCGAGUUGAUGUUCUCAUAGCUGUGUUUUCUCAUGUGUGUAGUCAUGCAAAAGAACGGUGUGAAUGUUCUGAUGAAUAUAUUUCCAGUGUGGAGCUCUGCAAGUGAGACGAAGUCCCUUUCCUUACCCACAAUGCCCCUGUAUAA